UGAAGUGAGGCGAUCACACCAUGGAUUGAUAAUCUGUGAGUAAUAUGCUAAUCCAUGAGAUUCAGGCACUUGCAAUCCCCAUGUUGAGGAUAAACGGUAGAUUUUUCUGUGUAUGGCAAGUGCCUGGCUAUCCUGUGCUUCAGGGUUUCUACUGAUCAUCUGCAGGGGUCAGGAAGGAGUCCUUCUUCCUUUUCUUUGGAAUGUUCUGUAGGCUUCUGUGUGGUUUUUUUCAGCUUUCUCCGAAGCACUUGAUGCUGGACACAGGGAAAUUUGGGAGGGUUUAUCAUGUUGUUACCUACGAUGCUAUUGUUUGGUGACCAGUUUCCCUUCUUCUUGUCCACUUUGAGGUACAUCUUAUCAAUUGAAAAUGAAGAGGAGAUCCGAGAAUAUGUAAUUGACCUCAUCCAGGGGGCUGAUGGGAAGAAGAGUCGGUUUAUAGAAGAACUGGUAGCCAGGUGGCAAAAAUCUUCUCAGCCAGCUUCUGACACUCUGCCAGUAUACAGGAAAAAAGAUGAGACUUCAGAGGUGCAGCGGGCCGGAGACCAAGCCAAACGGGGUAGACGCAAAGGAAGGAACAAGCAGGAAACACCUGUGUAUGCUGAGCCUGAUGUGCCUGUUGAGGAAGUAAAAACACCUCUUGAUCUGGCCAAGGCACAAGAAAUCAUCAGCAGUGGUAACAACAGCAGCAGUUGUUCCAAGAAAAAGGCCAAAUAUGUCAGCCUGUACACCAAAGAGGGUCAGGACAAGCUUACUGUCCUCAUUCCUGGGCGCCAUUCCUGCGAGUGCCUUGGCCAGAAGCACAAACUCAUCAAUAACUGCCUGACUUGUGGGCGUAUUGUCUGUGAACAGGAGGGCUCUGGUCCCUGCUUAUUCUGUGGUACACUGGUGUGCACAAAAGAAGAGCAGGAAAUUCUGCAGCGUGACUCAAACAAGAGCCAGAAGCUGCUGAAGAAGCUCAUGGCAGGUUCUGAGAGUUCUGGGAAGAUGGAGGCAAUCAGCAGGGACCUACUGCCUCGCCAGGAAGCUCGACUGAAGGCAGGCCUGGAGAUGGCUGUGAAACACAAGGACAAAUUGUUGGAGUUUGACAAGACAAGUGUGCGUCGUACCCAUGUCAUCGAUGAUGAGUCAGACUACUUUGCCACUGACUCCAACCAGUGGCUCUCCAAACAGGAGAGGGAGGUGUUGCAGAAGAGGGAGAAGGAGCUGCGUGAGCUGCGCCAUGCUUCCCGACUCACCAAGAAAAUCACUAUCGACUUUGCUGGCAGGCAGAUCCUGGAGGAGGAGGACAACAUGGCUGAGUACCACAGCAAACUGGAUGAAACCAUUGAGGCCGUUCAUAGUGGCACGCUGAGCAAGUCAUUGAAGAGCCCUGAUGGGAAAAGUGCAGAGGUGUCUGGGGUUCUGGUGAAUCCCUACCUGCUCCAACCUGCCCCUUUGUGGGUGGAUCAGACUGGCCUGCUCCCACGUAGGAAAAUCACCCAACCAGCAGAUGCUGAGAAUGAGCCUGGCUCUGAAAGGAGCAGGUUACGGAUUCAGGACCGAGAGUUGCAGGAGAUCUCAGAUGAUGGCUGGUGCCUCAGCAUGCACCAGCCUUGGGCUUCUUUGCUGAUCAGAGGAAUCAAAAGGGUGGAGGGCAGGACCUGGUACACAUCUCACCGGGGGCGACUAUGGAUAGCAGCUACUGCUAAAAGGCCUUCUUUGCAGGAAAUCUCAGAAGUAGAGGCUGUCUACAGAAUGCUCCACCAGAAAGAUGUGGUAUUUCCUACUGAUUACCCCUCUGGCUGCCUUUUGGGCUGUGUGGACUUGACUGACUGCUUGUCCCAAGAGCAAUUUAAGGAGCAGUACCCAGAUUUGAGCGAGGAGUCUCGGUCUCCAUUUGUCUUCAUCUGUGCCCAUGCCCAAGAGAUGAUUGUGAAGUUUCCCAUCAAAGGAAAACACAAAAUCUGGAAACUGGAUUCAAAGAUUCAUCAGGGAGCAAAGAAGGGGUUAAUGAAGCAGAAAGCACUCCUGUGAAUGGUGGGGCAGCCAGGCUGAGAUUCCCACACAGCCCAGGAUGCUGGCCCAGCUGGCUGCCUGCUCUGUCUCCUUGGGUCCCUUAGAACUGGAGGCUGCAGAGAUGACAUGGAAAGUUCUGAAAGGCAUGUGCUUAUGGGAAGGGGGGGGCACCUGUGACUUAUUAAAAAUGUAUUAAUAUAGUAUGGUGUAUUUGAAAGCCAUUAAAGGAAGAAAGAUUUGUGCCAAACUCCCUGCAUGGGUGGAGCCACAACUUCGAGGUGGAAUCUUGUGCCACAAAACAUUGUUGUUUGGGCUCUGGAACCCCCUCCCCACUAUCUUCCUUUUAAACGGCAAACUCAGUAGAGUGCUGGUAUCUGGCUGUAUCUGAUAGGCCAGGCUACAACACACAGCAGUCCCAGUGCUGGUCCAGAGCAUCCAGAAACAGGCCAGCUCUGGCUUCAGCCAGCAGCUCCUUCUGUCUCAGCAGGUUUGAUCUGGCUUGGUCUUUGCUUUGGCAGGAUUCCUCUCUCCAGGCAACUCGGUGAUGUGACAGAUUGUGACUCUAGGUCCUCUGGCCAGAGUGGGUCAGACACAUUACAGCACUAGGCUUGAGGGAGCUGUUGCUGCAGCUGCUCAGAGAGAUGCCUUGGCAUUGAUUCUUGCUGAAGCUGCCCCCUGUCAUUGCAGCGUGCCGUGGUCUAUGUUAUGAGAGGAAACAUGGAUAGCUUGGAAGGGACCAAGGCAGAAGGGGUCUAAAUGUUAGCAAUACUGAGCUGCACCCCCAGCCCCUGAGCUCUGUCUGUGCCUCUGUUAAGCAUGUGUGCAGGGUUGUAGAGGAAAGGCGGAGUUGAAUCUUUGCCCUCUGACUCAGAAGCUUUGUUUGCAAGGCUGCUCCCGUGAGCUGGGAGCCGCUGUGCUUGGCAUCUUCAGCAUCUGCACAGCC